AAAGUUUUUUUUAACACUGGAAAUCCUCGCCUCUCUCAAACCCAGACUGCAGCCGAUGUUUAAGAACUGUGUUUAGGAAAAGCAGCUGUUUGUUGUUGCCCACUCGCCCCUGAGCGACAGCCAUGAGCUACAGUCAGUAAAAUGAUAAUAAAGCACAAUCGACAGGCACAGUUUGAAGCUCUUAUUCUGAAAAGUCAAACCGGUAGUACGUUCGCUUUCAGGAAGUGCAUGACAUAACUAAACGCUGCCGUAUGUAAACAGAGAAAUACAGCCGCGUUUCAGUUGCUGAUCUUUGUCAUGAAUGAAGCGGCUCACUGAGGGGACUCGUUAACCGGCAGAAGCCUCCCUGAGGUUCGGUGUGUUUGAACAAGCUGAUGAACAGUGAUGGAGCUGUCUCAGAGGGAGCGUCUAUCGGUGUUGGUGGAGGAACUGACCACAUCAGGACAGCCACAGCUCAACCAAGACAAAAUGAAGGAAGUCAAAAAGCUCUGCAAAGUGUCUAAUGACUGCAUAGACCAUGUGUACCACUCAGUGAUGUCCCAGCUCAACCAAGAACAUGCUGAGAUCCGGCUGUCUGCCUUCCAGAUCGCCGGUGAGCUCUUCUCCAGGUCACACCACUUCAGGAUGCUGCUAGUGGACAACUUCCAGGAGUUCUUGGAGCUGACGGUAGAGACUGAUUCAGAGCAGCCCCUCCCUCCUCCUAAAGAAGUAGCCAGGAAACUGAGAGCUCUGGCAGUCCAGACUGUGCAGUCAUGGCAAACGUCUUAUGGCUCUGCUUAUAAGAAGCUGGCACUGGGCUACAACUUCCUCAAACAAGUUAAAAAGGUGGACUUCCAGGACAUUGAGGCGAGAACAGUAGCAGAGAGGACGAGGGAGGAGGAAAGACGGAGGAGAAUGGAGAGGAUCUACAAGGAGAAAGUAGAAGCAGCAGCUAAAGAAAUGGAGGAGUUACAGCAAGAAAUAGAAGCAACGCUGACAGAGAUGGAAUCGUGCAUGAGGCUGCUUUUCCCAGAUUUCAGCCCCAUAGACAUCCAAACAGCCAACAGCAGCCCCUCCAACUCCCAGCCAGCCACUAAGUGUCCUUCAGAUGAGGAGCAGCCCUGCUGCAGCAAAGACCUGAGGGCUGAUGGCAGAGUGGGAAAGGUGCAAGAAAGAGAUGAGAAUACAGGCAUGACAGAGGAAAACAGAAAGAACUGGAAGGAGAAAAGAGAGAGGGAAAAAACAAAGAAAAGGUCUGAAGGUACAGAAGGCAAGGAUGGGGAGAAGCAGGAAAUGGACAAAAGUAAGGAAGCUGAAAGGAGGGAAGUCAUGGAGGUGGAGCAAGAAGAAGAGAGCGAGCAGGAGGAAAGUAAUACAGACAAUGAAGAAGAGGCUGGUGAUGAAGACUUUAUCAGGAGCUCUGGCCUCAUAUCUCACUCCUACAGUCUGGAUCUGAACCUCAGUCCUGGUCUUCACGUGAAGGAGACGGAGGAUAACGAGCCGGUGGUUUCCACUGUGAUAGACCUCCAUAAAGUCAUAACAACCAAACAUCUGCCAGCUGUCCAGGGCUGGGUUCAGGUGUUCACCAAAUCAGGUGCUGAGGAGCAGCUGUUGAGACGAGCACUUGACCUGAAGAGGUCUUUGGAAGCCACGCUGCAGAAACACGAAGAGCUUCACAUCGACUACAAGGCCAGGGUCCGCAAAGUGAUGAAGGUCUCUUCAGACGGAGAGGAGGAGGAGGACGACGACGAUGAUUUUGAUGAAGUUCCAGAGAAAGAAGGUUAUGAGCCACACAUUCCAGAGCAUCUGCGAGCCGAGUACGGUUUGGAUCCCUCUCCUUCCACCUCAACAGGAUCAGUCGCAGAAAAGAAACCUUCCACUAAAAAACCUGCAGCUCCUCCUCUUUCUUCCUCCUCCUAUUCUUCAACGAGGCGGCUGAAGCAGCUUGCAGAAGAGGUUCAGGAUCCAACCUCUGUUGUCGCCACACUGCACCUCCUUAGAGAGAAGAUGCCGCCGCCCAUAGAAUCCAGCAGCAGCUCCGCGGAGCCCAGUUCAUCUCAGUCCAGUUCAAAGCAGACCAGUGUCAACGCUCCAGUGGUUCCAUUUGGUUUGGACCUGUUCUACUGGGGUCAGGAGCAGCCCAGCGCUGGCAGGAUCAUUAAGUCAGCCUCUCAGCACCAGUUCUGGGUUCCAGCAGAGGUGGAGGAGGAGGUGGAGAAUGAAGAGCUGCUGGCAGAGAGCAGGAGCAGAUACAUCUCCUUCCCUGGGAGCUUCGUUCCUGUCAGCCAUUUCUGCAGAGCUCCACUGGGUGAUGGCAAGCUCUGUCAGCGGCAGGACCGCUUCAAGUGUCCUUUCCAUGGCCCCAUCGUUCCACGAGACCAGGAGGGUCGACCCUGCCGGCAGGAGGACCGAGAGAGGGAGGAGCAGGAAGAAAGGAGGAAGAGAGAGCAGCAGCCUGGUGAAGCGGUGAAAGCGGAGGUGGCGAUGUGUCUUUAGAGGAGCCUGCACCUCUAGGCAAGAAAUAAGGAGGAAGUCUGCCUCUUAUAUUGUGCUUUUCUUCUCUCCCAGAGUACUCAAAGCACUCUAUACAACACAUUCACUCAGUCACUUUUCUUCUACGUUUUCAGUGCUUCCUCACGAACAUUCAUCCAUCGAAGCGCAACUUGGGGUUAGUAUAUUGCCUAAGGAUAAACUGGAGGAGCCAGGAAUCGAACCACUAACCUUCCGAUCAGUAGAUGGCCUGCUGUACCGCCUGAGCUACAGCCACCCCAACUAGAAAGUUAAAUAGUGUCUGAGGUGAAAGGCGGGAGCCUGCAGAGGCGCACUCAGGAGUGGUGACCCUUUAAAAAUAAACGAAUGAAUAAAAAGGGACACAAGAAAAAGUAGAAUACAUCUGCCAAAAUCCAGAUCUUCCAGCAUUCAUGGGACAAACAAAACAACAGUCAUCGUUGCCAUGGAAGCGGUGUGGGAAGCUGCACCUCUCCCAGCUUCCUUCCUUGACCUCAAAUGUUUUUUAGUUUCUCACAUUCAAGGUGCAGGCUUCUCUCUUACAACAUCACCUGGAUAACAUAGAGAACUGUGGGCGGGGCACAAGUUCUGUUGGCGCAGAGCUCAGAACAGAGGCAGGUAAAGUCACACAGAAGACAGACCUUUCAAGGUAAUGCUGCUGAAGGUGGUUCUACAACUUACUGACCAAUGGGGUGUGCUUUGAUUUUCACCUGCACAGAGACACAGAGGUCUGUGCAAAGGUCCUUUUUCUCAUGACUGUGUUACUCUUUCUUUUUUUUAGCUCUGCUCUGUCUUAUAAUAAGAAUUGUAUGUUGCGUUAUGCGUCUGACUCAGACACACACACACACACACACACACACACACACACACACACACACAC